AUGACAAGUAACACUCUCAAGUGUACUCAUGCUGCUGCUGCAAAGAUUCAAGAGAAGGAAAGUGUUACUAUUGCUCUGAAAGCUCUGAAUAUCAUCAUCAGUGCUGCUGAAAAAGCUAAAAUCAAGAUUAAGAAGACCAAGUUGAAUAUUGAAAGAGUGAAAUUAGAAAUUGAAAAGAAAAAAGUUGUCACAGAAAAGAAGAAAAUUAUAAUCAAAAAGAUAAAACUUGACAUUGAAACUAUCAAGCUUGAAGUGCAUUGCAAGCUUUUGAGAAUGAUAAUGUAUAAAACAAUAAAGUAUGUUCAGAGACUCACAGAUUAUCUUGAUAAGAAUUCAGUUACAGUCAGCAACAGCAGCAGCAGCAAUGAGAAAUUUAAUAACAGUGAUAAUUCUCUUUUUAUCUCUCUCACUGACAUCUCUACUACUGCUGUUAAUUCUUUCUUCUCUUUCUUCUUCAAUCUUUCAACUCCAGUUGAUUCUCUGGCUAUGAGCAGCAUCAAAACUCUUGACAUUCUCAGUGAAAAAUUCGGCGACGGUGUCGGCGACUGGCAUGGCGGAAUAACCAUAACCCGGUCGUAUAAUAAGCCUACAUUUUUCCGGAAUGAAUAG